AUGUCCUCCAAACAAGCAAGCAUCCAAACCGAGCUGUCAUUCACGACAUUUCACAAUAUUAUUGAUGGCCAGCGACGUGGCGCCGAACGAGCGGUUCGCGGCGUUAAUCCUGCUACUGAAGAAGAAUUGUGGGAGGCGCCCAUAGCUACCAGAGCAGAUCUCGACGAUGCUGUCAUUGCGGGCAAAAGGGCCUUUGUGUCUUGGUCUCGAACUUCCCUUGUGGAGAGAAGGAAAUGUUUGAGCAAGUUCAGGGAUCUGAUAGAGAGGUACAAAGAUGUUCUCUCACAGGUCAUCAUGGCAGAGACUGGGAAGACGAUAUUCCAAGCCAUCAUUGCGGGGAAUGUAAUCAUCUGCAAAAAUAGCCCAUAUUCGCCGUAUGCGGCAUUGAAGUUCUGCGAAAUCGCUCAAGAGGCCUUUCCGCCGGGUGUUAUACAAAUCCUAGGCGGCAGUGAUGAUAUGGGUGGUUGGCUGGUUGAACACCCGGAAGUUCCCAUGAUAGCCUUCUCGGGACAUACACGCACAGGUAAGAAGAUCCAGGAAAUGGCGGCGAAGAAUCUGAAGAGGUUGACGCUUCUACUCGCCGGUAAUGACCCAGUGAUCGUCUGUCCUGAUGUGGAGGAUAUCGAAAAGGUGGCUAAGGAGGUCGCGUUGUCGACGUGGUUCAUCUCCGGCCAAGCAUGCAUCGCCACCAAGCGAAUCUAUGUCCACGCCGACAUCCACGAACGUUUCUUAGAAAGUCUCCUCAAAGCUACGAGACAGACGGUUGUCGGCUUGUGCGCCAACUCAGACGCCUACAUCGGCCCCAUCCAGAAUGUUGACUUAUUCCGCCGUCUAAAGCGCCUCGAACAAGAAUGCGAGACAAAAGGCUACAACAUCGUCCUGGAUGGCAGGAACCGUGAUUCGGCGAAAAGUCCACAGGCUGUCGAUGGCGGGAUUGUGAACGGCUCCUUCAAUGACUGUCCUGAAAAGGGAUACUUCUUCUAUCCUACACUCGUCCUUGACCCUCCACCCGACUGCCGCCUUGUAACAGAAGAGCAGUUCGGCCCUAUCGCCCCGUACCGACGUUGGACUGACGUUGAAGAGGUAAUCAAGGAAGUUAACAGCUCGGAGUACGGGCUGGGAGCGACUGUGUACUGCAAGAGUGACGAUAGAGCUGUUGAGCUGGGCAAGAGGAUUCAGGCCGGUAUGGUCUGGGCCAAUUGUCAUCCCAGGGCUAUGGGACCGGAACCUUACGGUGGGACCAAGCAUAGUGGAUUUGGUGCCGAGGGCGGCGAGGCUGGCUUGAAGUGUUUUAUGAACCCACAAACGAUGUUUAUGUUUCGAUGGAGUAUGGUGAAGGAUUAA